GGAGAAGGUUCUGCUCUUCUUCACCCAGACAGCAGGUCCCACCCUCGGUCCUUGGAGAAGAGCGCAUGGAGGGCUUUCAAGGAGUCACAGUGUCAUCACAUGCUGAAACACCUUCACAAUGGAGCCAGGAUCACUGUGCAGAUGCCUCCUAAUAUUGAAGGACACUGGGUCUCUACUGGCUGUGAAGUUAGAGCAGGCCCAGAGUUCAUCACAAGAUCUUACAGGUUCUACCACAAUAAUACAUUCAAGGCCUACCAGUUUUAUUACGGUGGCAAUCGCUGCACAAACCCCAUCUACACAUUAGUUAUCCGUGGCAAAAUACGUCUCCGCCAAGCAUCCUGGAUCAUCCGAGGAGGUACUGAGGCUGAUUAUCAACUACGCAACAUACAGAUCAUAUGCCACAAUGAAGCAAUAGCCAAAAAAUUAAGUGAGUUGGUGAACCACACCUGUCCUGGAUUUAUACCAGAAGAUAGUCCCUGGGAGCAGGAUGUGAGCUACGAUUUGCUGAGAGAAGACAAUGGCUGCGAAUGCACCAAAGCUCUGAAUUUUGCCAUGCAUGAGCUCCAGCUGAUCCGUGUGGAGAAGCAGUACCUGCACCACAAUUUGGACCACCUUGUGGAGGAGCUGUUUCUCGGAGAUGUUCAUACUGACGCUACUCAGAGGAGGUACUAUCGGCCCUCUAGUUACCAGCCUCCUCUUCAAAAUGCCGAGAACCAUGACCAUACGUGCAUUGCAUGCAGAAUCAUCUACCGGUCGGACGAGCACCAUCCUCCCAUCUUACCCCCCAAGGUAGAUCUGACUAUAGGGCUCCAUGGAGAGUGGGUGAGCCAGCGUUGCGAAGUGCGACCGGAGGUCCUCUUCCUCACUCGGCACUUCAUCUUCCAUGACAACAACAACACCUGGGAAGGUCACUACUACCACUACUCCGACCCCAUCUGCAAGCACCCCACCUUCACCAUCUACGCCAAGGGACGUUACAGCCGAGGAGUGCACUCAUCCAAAGUGAUGGGUGGCACAGAGUUCGUGUUCAAAGUGAAUCACAUGAAGGUGACUCCCAUGGAUAUAUCCACAGCCUCUCUGCUCAACGUCUUCAACGGGAACGAGUGUGGAGCGCAGGGGUCCUGGCAAGUUGGGGUUCAGCAAGACGUCACCCACACGAACGGCUGCAUCGCGCUCGGCAUCCGCCUGCCUCACACCGAGUACGAGAUCUUCAAAAUGGAGCAGGAUGCUGGGGGAAGGUACUUGCUGUACAACGGCCAGAGACCGAGCGACGGGUCCAGCCCUGACCGACCAGAGAAGAGAGCCACGUCCUACCAGAUGCCUUUAAUUCAGUGCGCUUCGUCAGUGCCCAGAGCCGAAGAGUCGCCAGAGGAGAAAAAAAUAAGGCUGUAUAGCAGAGCACCAGAAAAAUAUCCCAGUACCCCAGCUCUUGCUUUGGUGUUGUUUAUUUGUACUGUGUCAUAUUGGGACAUUCUCAGCUAGAAGUGAAAAAACCCUUAUAUUUCAUGACUACAGAGCCAGGAUUCCACCAGACUGGGGGUUGUUUUUAUUUCUGAAAGAAAAGGACAUUUAUUUUCUUGAUGCACUUGAAUGCCUGAGAACUGUUCUUUUCCUUACUUCCCCCCUCCUCCUCAAAUCCUGAACAGCACUCGUUUGAUGUUUGUGCUUUGAACUUCAUCCAGUCUGAUCCCUGGCCUGACAUGACUGCACAAAAGUAAUUGCACUUUAGUACUGCAGACUUUUGGGGGGAGGGAGGGGGUCUUCUUUUUUUUAAAAAAAAAAAUUUAAUUACUGGGGUGAAGGUUAUGAUCUUGCUUCAGUCAUCACUGCCACGUUACCAGUGUGGUACUCUUCUCCCCAGUGCUGGGUUUCUCAACAGAAUUUAGCUCCGGGGAAGGGCUCGGGGCUGUGCCAGUACUGUGAGAGCACCUUCCCCCUCGGACUUCACAACUCCGAUGUAGAUGCGCAUACGAGGAGGAAACCCACGAAGAUUGAUCUUGUCAUUAUCUCACAGCUCGUUACACAAAAAGAAACGACCAAUCAACAGCCCUCCACUCAGAUCCUGCUAACUAACUGAUACCUCUAAUUAAAAAAAUAUUCCAAAUAAUUUAA